AUGGAUGAAGAAGGACCACAGAUUCGUGUCAAAUUUGUUACAAAAGAUGUAUCCAUUCGUGUAACCGAGACGCCCUUUGCAGUGCCUACGCGUCUUAAUCGUCGUGGAUUAUCACAGAUUGUUAAUCAUUUAUUGGCUACAGAUGAUGACAAGUUACGACCAUUUGACUUUCUCAUUGAUGGACUCUUCUUACGCUCUUCGCUGGAUAAGUAUUUGCACACGAAGAACAUUUCAGAGGAAGCUUUACUCACUCUUGAGUAUGUAGAGGCACUUCCUGAACCUCAGAAACAAAAUGGAAGUGACCAUCCGGACUGGGUUAGUGCUGUAGCUGCUAUGGAUGACAACCUAGUCGUUACAGGUUGCUAUGAUGGCGUGCUGCGUGUAUAUGACGCUCAGGGAGACUGCAAAGCCUCUGUAAAGGCUCAUUCGGGAGCUAUCAAGGCGGUGAGUGUAUCAUCUAGUGCUGGAAAAAGUGGAGAGUAUGUGAUUUCUACUAGUGGCAAAGACCAACUUGCACAAUUGUGGCGGUAUACGGCUACGUCAGCUAUACUGUCGCCAAUGGCGGCGCUGACGGGACACUUGAACAGUGUUGACGCUGUGCAGAUGCACGCGUCAGGUAAACGAGUAGUGACUGGUAGCUGGGAUAACACGGUGCGUCUGUGGCAAACACCAAGCCACGGAGUGAAGACGGAUCAACAGCAUUCUGUGAAAAAACUGAAGAACACAGAAGAUGGUAUAGGUACCGUGAGUUUCCAGCAGCUAGAGGCUGAAAUUGUGCUGGUUGGUCACACAAGUUAUGUGACGAGCGUAGCGUUUCGCUUGAAGAAUUCAGAGCACGAUGAAGAUGUUGUUGUGUCUGCUGGUAGUGAUCGUACCGUUCGUCUGUGGGAUCUCGUCACCGAGUCUUGCGCCCAGUCGAUGGUUGGCAACCGUGCUGUGGCAGACUUGAGUGUGAACGCGAGCGGUCUUGUGCUUACUGCCCACCCGGAUCAGUGCGUUCGCUUGUGGGACCCCCGUGCGCAGCAAAGCGGUGAAAGCAUCGUACAACGCACCUUCCGCUUACACAAGCAAUGGGUAAGCUCUGUGUCGUGGCAUCCUGACAACGAGCACUUGUUUGUAUCUGGCGACUAUGAUGGCACAGCCAAGGUGUGGGACGUGCGUAGCACAAUUCCUUUGCACACCGUGAAAGCACACGAAGGCAAGUUACUUGAUCUGUGCUGGCGGAGUCAAGGCAAUAAUGGGAGCAAUGUGGCAUUCGUUACGGGUGGUGACGACAAGAAAUUAAACUUCUUCAGUGUGUAA